AUGUGGUCGGAUCCAACGUCAUCAAACAUGUCUUAUGGAAACCAAUGGAUGAAUCCAACAUUUUAUAAAAACAUGACUAACGAACAAGUGGAUUGGGCAAGUUUGGCUCAACAAUGGAUAAAAAUGAAAGAAACUUCACCCGCCAUAUUAUCCCCUGGACAACAAGUAAAGAUGCCGCUUUCUGAACAAAGUUUGCACAAAGUUGGUCAGCAUAUAGAUGUAGUACCUCAGAAUCCCUCAAACGUAGCAGCAGUAACAAAUAAAAUGUUUAGUGAUCAUAAUAUUGCCAGUCCUGUUACAAGAAAUAAUAUUGAAAAACCAACAGCUUGGAAUACAUGGACUUGGCAGCAACAGCAACAAUCAAAUUGGAAUUGGUCAUCUACUUCAACAGCUCUACCAACUAAAGCACCAAUUGUAGAGUCAGUUAAUUCACUUAGACCAUCUUUUGUACCUCCUAUAUUAUCCGAACCACCUCCAUCUUUCCCAAUGAUGACGCUAAACACACCAUACCCACCUAAUAAUUAUUGGGCAGGGCCUAAUACUACAGUUCCACCGCCUUCUGAAUCAAAUCAAUGGAAUAAACUUAAUGUGAUUUCCAAGGUGGAUGAUAGAACUCAAGAUCCAUCAUUUAUUGAUGCGGCAAAAAGAAAGCAAUUGCCUGCUUGGAUUCGAGAGGGACUUGAAAAAAUGGAAAGGGAAAAACGACGUAAAAUUGAACAAAUACAAUCGUUUAGUGAACCUGAUUGUUCUAAUUCAAUGAAUGAAAAUUUUAUUCAAGAAUUGCCCGAUUCGCCAAUUAACUUUGAUCAUGAAACUGAAAUGGUCGAUGAUGAUAUUGAACAUGUGUCUUCAAAUUACAUCAAUGAACCCAGAAAAACCGAGUUUGUGCAGAAUGACCCUUCUCCUCUCAUUCCACGUAAGACUAAAGCUCAAAUCUGGGGAGAUACGAUGUUAAGUCUACGAAAAAUUCUAACAAAAUUGUUAAUGGAUGUUACUAAUGAUAUGAUGUUAAGUGUAGUUAAAGAGGUGCUAAAAACUGCUGUACAAACAGAUAUUCGAGGAAAUCAAAGCCAAACAUCAUUAGCUGGUAAGCUAGGGCUCGAAGUUUAUGGUUCAGAAUCUGAGUCAUCGGAUGAAAGUGACGAUGAACAGCACUCAACCCGACACAAGCAAUUUAAACAAGAUUCUGAUGAAGCUAUUCAAGAAAGAAUAUUGAAACGCCAACGUGAGUUCAGUAAUAUUGAAGCAAGGAUACUUAAAGAAUUGGAUCAACUAGAAGACAAGGAAAAACUUGUGAGGUCUAAAUUUGAUAACAGUGUCAAGAUGAGUGAAGAAAUUAAUGAUAUUGGUAGUCAGGUAGUGGAAAACAUUCGGACAAAAGGGAAUAAUGAAGAUGUAGGAUCUAACCAAAAGAUUGACAAGAGUCAUGAUAUAGUCAAAAAUGAAUUACUUGAUGAUUUGAAUAUUAAAAAUUUACAAAAGAAAAAGAAAUCUAAAUCCAAAAGAUCAUCAAGUUCUAGUUUGUCAAGCAGUAGUAGUGAUAAGAUGAAGAGCGAUAAUACUAACAGUAAAAUAUAUAACUAUAAAAAAAACGAUAAAGUUCAAUCAAAAUCUUUGAACAAAAAAAUUUUAAAAGAUGGUGUAAAAAUAAAACGAAGAUCGCGAUCUAGAAAUAAAAGUAGAUCGCGAUCAAAACAUAGUAGUAGGUCACGUUCAAGAUAUUAUAGAAGAUCUCCACAUAGUUUUAGAUCAAGACAAAGUCGAUCGCCACUAUCACGCCAUUCAUAUUCCAGAAAGUAUAAAAGCAAACGAAACAGUUCUUCUAGUUCAAAUGAAUCAAGAACUAAUAAACACCGGUAUAGACGAUAA